UGACGUUUGUUUGCAGUCCCCCCCUAUAUCAUCCUGUCCAGAUGUGAGCUCCCAGUUACAGACAACUCACUUUCAGAGCCGACUGUCACUUCUUGGACCCGUCCAACUCAACCGCAGACAUGAACGCAAAAUACGCCUUGGCGCUGAUCCUCGCUCUGCAGGUCUCCGUGUGCCUGUGCCAGCUGCCCGAACCCUCGCAGGAGCUGGUUCAAAAGUACGAUUCCAUGAAAUCUGUCUUCUACAAGAGGCUGCUGACUGCCUUCGGCAAGCUGCAGGCCAGCGCAGCGGACACAGCCGGGACCAGCGCGCACGGACAGAGCGCCAGAGACUACUUUGAGGGGGUGCAGGCCAAGCCCGAGUUCCAGGCCCUCGUCAAGGUUGCCACCGGCCUGGGCCAGGAGGCCGCCCCCCUGGUGGACAGGGCCCGCAGCGCCGCGCUGGGGACAUACGAGCACUACCUGCGCCCCCACGUCGGCCAGCACCUGAGCGACAGCAUCGACCGCAUCAAGGUCUACCUGGACAUGCUCCUGCCCACCGAGUAGAGCGCAGCGAGGCUCCCCGUCAGCGCCCCCCCUUCUGCCCCCACCCCCCCCCGUAUAGAUGAUAGAUGGUAGAAAGUACACCAGGUUAGCCUGAGAAGAGUGAUGCACAAUGCACGUACAAUCCUUUGCCUCUUUUCAAAUCAUAAUUUUUGCCAAAUCAAGCAAAGUUAAAUAGUAAAGUGAACACCACCUAUGCAAAUUGUGCAUGUACAGUAUUAUGUGUUUGAUACACUAACCAAAGUCUCUGUGUGAUUGUGUAUGAAUAUGUGUGAGUGUGUUCAUUAAAAUGGAUGGAAACGA